GCAGCACCGCCGGAAAAUCAGAAAAUUAUUAUUUGACAGAUGUGGCGCUAGUUGUCUAGAAUUAUGUUUUGAUAAAAUUUUACAUUAUUUUUCCUUAUAAAUGUCUGGAUUUGUCUCGCACAAAUUCAUGGCUGAAAUGGUAAAUAGAUUGUUUUAUAAUGUCUACCAGUAGCGAUUCCGAAGAAUUUUAUGACGCAGAAGAUAACACUCCCAAUCAUGGAUCAAGAAAAUCUAGAAAAGCUUCCAAAGACAGCUUAACAAAAAGGUCUAACUCCGAACCUAAUGUUUUUAAUUUAGCUGAUAAGGAAAAAGGUCAAGAAACAACAAAAAAUAGCCCAGAAGAUAAUGAAGAUAAUAAAUUUGUGGAACCCCAAACAUUACCUUUGGCUGUUGGUAAGAAGAAGAAAUUUAAAGAACUAAGACAAAAAUUACAAAAUGAUGAUGAAGAUUAUCAACCAAAUGUUACCUCACCAAGCAGCCAAACAUCAUCUGUCGAAGGUGUUUUUGCAGCUUCUAGAACAAGUCAUCCUUUUAGAGUCAUAGAACAAGACACAAUUAGCUUACAGAGUUUAAAUUCUUUAGGGAGAGUAGGAAGAAUUUUGGUUGGAACAGCUCCAGAAGUAGGAAGAAAAGCCCUCUCAGUUUCUGCCCUAUCGUCCAGUUCCCUAGACUCUGAAUCAACUCAAUCGAGCUCAAAACAAUGCUCCCAAUAUCCAAGCACAAUGAUGCUAUCAACAGGUACACCUGUGACAGACUAUCGAAUUGAUGGUAAAGCAUGUCUUCCUUUGCAAGAGCCUGACGUUAUAGCAAGCACAAAAGUAUCGGCAGCAUUGAAAAAGAAUGCUGCCAGCACCACCCCCACAAAUGUAGAUGUACCUGUUGCGCCACCUAGACGUAAAAAGAAAAACAAAGACACCCAUCUGGCACUCACUAAGUCCGCUUCUAGCGCCACAUUUGACAAUUGCAAUUUAGAUAGUCCCGCCAGUACGAUAGAAUCACUGACUAGAGAGUUCGAGAACUCAUUGGACUGCACACCUCCGAUAAAACCGACGAAAUCUGGCAAGAGCUCGCAAAGUUCCACAUUAAAAUCGGUCCAUUCCCUAGAUAUUACCGAAGCGACGAAGGGACAGUUCGUCGUUAAGCCGCAUGACAGCGACAGCCUUAAGGCGCAGGGCGGCAGCCGGUGCGCAGACACUGUCGAAGGGUUGUGCGCAACUUCUAAGGAGACCGAUUCAAGUAACAAUACUCCUAGAGGAUCGUCAAAUAGGAGUAGCGUCGGACAUUACAGUUUAGGACCUCAUAGGGGUACACAUCAACAUUUAAGACCUACGUGCAAAGAACGCCGGAGAUCAGCCGGCGACGAAAACUUCCUCAAAGGCCUCAAUCUGCACGUGCGCACCCAUACAGACUCUGGCAAACAAUUGUCAGACUUGGAGAUUCUAGAACAGGUGACCGUUUUAAAUUUGGACACUGGCGAGCGGAUACCUUUGAGCGUGGCCGAGGACAAACUUCCGCAAUGCAUCAACCCAUUGUCGCUUCACAUAAUGCGACUGACUUCCGAGUAUGUGAGCAGCUCCAGCAUGGAAAAAGAAAACGAAUCGGACGAGGAGAGCAUCUGCGAUUUGAGUAAAAAGUUGGAGAUACCUAUUGUAGAUGGCGCCGAUAUCGACGUUGGGAGAGUUAGGAAAAGAACGGCGAAAUUAAAAAGGUUUUUGGGUUCCACCGUCAAGAAAACCAUGCACAAAGCCAAGAGUAUCGCGCAAGAAGUAUCACAUGCAAGGCAUAAGGAGGACGUGAUUGAUAUUGUCGAUCACGUUCACCCUGGAGAGCAAAAUUGCAAGUUAAAGGCGUCGAAUUCCCACAAGGGACCGUAUGAGUUUGAGAAAAUGGAGCAUGUGCAGGAACUUAAAGACAAUCAACAUGAAGGGCCGAUAUGGUGCAUGAAGUUUUCCUCGUGUGGCAGACUUUUAGCAACUGCUGGACAGGAUAAAGUGUUACGUAUAUGGAUUGUGAAGGACGCAUAUCCAUUCUUCCAGGACAUGAGAACAAAAUAUAACGCGAAAAAAGUAUCCCCCACUCCAUCGCAAGAAUCCUUGGUGUCCCAUCACUCGCAGCAGGAGAUUAGCUCCUGCAGCAUGCCGAUUCUCGAGGAGAUGUCAUCAGAAGAGGCGAGCAAAUUGACAUUCAUGCCGAAACCUUUCUGCACCUAUUCGGGUCACACUUCCGAUUUGUUGGACGUUUCGUGGUCGAAAAAUUAUUUCAUCCUUUCGUCGUCGAUGGACAAGACUGUAAGGCUGUGGCAUAUUUCCCGCAAAGAGUGCCUCUGCUGUUUUCAGCACAUUGAUUUUGUUACUGCUAUUGUUUUUCACCCCAUUGACGAUAGGUACUUCCUCAGCGGGUCCUUGGAUGGCAAAUUGCGACUAUGGAACAUACCAGACAAAAAAGUUGCUGUAUGGAACGAAGUGGAAGGCAACACGAGGUUGAUAACUGCCGCGAACUUCUGCCAAAACGGAAAAUUUGCCGUAGUCGGCACCUACGACGGCCGUUGUAUAUUUUACAUAACGGAUCAAUUGAAAUAUCAUACGCAAAUACACGUCAGAUCGUCCCGUGGUCGCAACUCGACCGGGCGGAAAAUAAGCGGCAUAGAACCGAUGCCCGGCGAAGACAAAAUUCUGGUCACGUCAAACGACAGCAGAAUCCGUCUGUACGACUUGAGAGACCUGAAUGUUUCGUGUAAAUACAAGGGGUAUGUCAACAUGAGCAGUCAGAUCAAGGCCAGCUUUAGUCACGAUGGAAAAUAUAUAGUCAGCGGUUCGGAAAACAGAGAUAUAUACAUAUGGAAAACCAAUCAUGAUUACUCCAAGUUUUCGUCGGUUCGUAGAGAUAGAAACGACUUUUGGGAGGCUAUCAAAGCCCAUAACGCUGUAGUCACGUGCGCUAUUUUUGCACCAAAUCCAGAGGCUUUAAUUAAAACAGCGGAAGAACACAAUAAAACUGUUAAAAGUGAUAAUUCUAAAAAGGUAGAGGAUCCAGUAGUAGAACAACAUAAAAAAGGUUGUGGUGGCUAUGUUUUAAUUUCCGCAGAUUUUAAUGGAGUAAUAAAAGUAUUUAUGAAUAAAACAAAACCAAAACAUAGUUCUCUUCCAGUUUCGGCAAUGUCAUAAUUUUAUUUUAGAUUGUCUUACCCUUCCACCUUAUCUAUCCUGUUAAGUUUUUAAAAUUAAGUAAGAAACUAAAUAUCAAAAAUGUAUUAUAUUUCUAAAAUUAAUUUAUUGACAAAUUAUGUGAUUUUUUAUCAAAAAAAUUAAAAGAUUAUUGUAAUUAUUGUAUACUAUAUAUACUAAUGUGUU